AAGCCCAUUCGCUCAACAGUCACACCGGAAAAUUACGUUCGAGCCAUUAUCUCCCUAUCUAGAAGGUACUCAAGUACCUCCUCCUUCCCCGGGAAUAAUUACGUCGAUAUUGCAGAGUGGCUGCUUCAAGACCGCCAUCUUCUCAGUUCAAAAAAGCCAGAAGAGGAGGCCAACCUUUUCGCUUCCAAGUCUGAACAGCCUCAUGAUCUGGUCGUGGUAUAUGACUGUGAAGAAAGGAAGUGGGACGUGGGGCAAUACCACCAAGACCAACAUGAGAAGUUCUCAGCUGAAAUCUCAGUUCCGUCAGAGAACUUGGGGCAGGUAGUCUUCAUCCGAGGCUUCAUAUCACCGUCUUGGGUAUCAGCUCUUGGGAGUAAAUACAAUAUCGAUCCGGAAUUCUUCAGGCGACACAUGAAUUUUCUGUCUAGCAAUGAUGUUAGGCACUCCUACAGUUUCCCACCGCUUGCGAGCUCCUCAAACAACAUUUUUCGCCUCUGCGUGAGCACUCUUCUCCACCGUGAUGAUUUCGGGGGCCAGAACUUGCAGUCGCAGCGCUCAGAACAACUCACUGGGCUUGCGAAAUACAAGAUACACCAGCUUGGCUCUAAUAAGGUUUGCUGCGGAGACUCGCUAGUCCGCGAAUACACUACUGUGUGUCCGUCAUUCUCUGUGAUUGAACAGUGGAUUUCGAUUUAUGUCGCAAAAAUCAAUGGAAGUUGGGCUGUCAUUGUCUGGAUGGACCACGGACGAUCCUUAGAACAAUCUCCCCCAGGGCCGUGGACUAGUCACAUCGAAGCCAAGGCAACACCACUUCCCAUCAUCCAACAUCAUCCAAAAAUGGCAUUUAGAACGACGACCAAUCGUCUAAAGUCGGAUACGAAUACGACAGCAGAAUUCCAGCAAAGCACGACCUUGCUUCCUUUGCAGUACGAUUCUUUGAUCGCGCUUGUCGAUUUGGCCCGUCGCGCACCCCAGGAUUCACUAUCCAUAUGUAUCCCGUUAUUUGCCCACGCGGCUUUCUCCGAGGUCCAGUUUCUGAAUCUGAUGGAAUCCAGAAUCCAGUUCCAGAUAGACUUGAUCGUUGCGGAACAUCCGGCUGAUGCGUUAGGAACUCUUCAAUAUUUCACCAACAUUCUCAACCGACAUUCCAAGCAGCUGAAAGAUAGCGCCCGGGCACUUUGCAAACUGGCGGAACAAGAUGGACAGGGAUCAAAUGGCACCAAAUCCGAAAGUCCGAGUAGGAGACUUGCCGUUCCAUCAAGCCAUAACAUAAGGUUGCCUUCGGAGACGGACAGGACCGGAAAUUUCACCUCUCCUCGAUCGGACAGUACCUUUACUCAAAAAGGCAUCAUGGAGGACUAUGAUCAACUCUAUAUCCGUUGCGUCGAGUUGUCCAAAAUGUGUACCCAAGGCAUAAGUUUGGCGAUGAACAAAGCCACGAUCGAGGAGUCACGCAAAGCCAUUGAGCAGUCGAAGCGAGUGAAGAGAUUGACUCUACUUGCUACACUCUUCAUCCCUCUCAAUUUCAGCUCCAGCCUGCUAGGCAUGAACAUUGAUCUCCUUGGCCAGAAUGCUGUGAAGUCUUGGUGGUUUUUUGUCCUGUGUAUUCCGAUAACUUUGCUUGCCUACAGCUUCUAUCUUUGGGACUUUCGGUUCCUCAAACGUUGUUGGGUGAAGUUUUGGAAAAGAUGUCGUGGCAUGAGGGGAGAUAUCAAAGUUGGGCGAUACGAGAAGGAUCCCGAUCAUAUUGUGUAA